AUGAGUGAAUCAUGUGUGGAAACGCCUGAAGCACCAGCUUGGUUAUCCAAGCUUGAGAGCCAGAGAGAAAAACUAAGUAAAGCUAGAUUAGGUCACGACAGUGGUGCUGGAGCUCCAUGCAAUUCUUGUGGAUCGUCAUGUCCAGGAUUAGAUCUUCAUUUCUGGAGAAAAGUGUGCCGAGCAUGUCACUGUAGUAAGGAUGUACAUGAUGUUCAAGAUGAUGAUUUAUCUGGAUGGGCCCAGUUUGAACUUCUUGGUACAGCUAAACCUAAGAAGGCUUCCUUGCCUCUAAUAAAAAUUCGUGGAGUCACAGACAAGCCUGUUAAACUUGACUGGGUUCCUCCUAACGCUUCAACUGAAUUGGUGUCAGAAUACAUGUCGUGCCUUGGACCACUCGCCCCUGUGUCCGGCAGUGAUGCCGCUCGUAAGCGUCGAGCACAACUCCGGACCCAACUCCCACCGCACGACGUGGCACCAGCCGCUAGACAUCAUGCAAGUGAUCAAGAGAAAUCUGAACAUACCGAAUAUAUCACCCGUAUCAAGGAUCAUGUGGUGGGCAUGGGCAACGUCGUCAGAGUCGGCCCCUUACAAAGCGCCGAAAUAUGUUCAGUUGAAAAUAGCAAGGUACAUACUGCACCGAAAUCCUAUGCCCUGCCAUUAAAAAUAUCUAACAUAUCUAGGGGUGUCAAGUAUAAUAUUGUUCCCAAAAAUGCAUCUGAUAAAAAACUUGUAUUGGAUUCCCAAGGUAAUGUUGUUAGUGCCGCCAAUUUGCCAGAUUAUAAGUCAAGCCCCAUACUUAGUCGUAUUGUCAAAGAUAAACUCCAUAUUAUGCGAAUUGAAUCUGAUAGAAUUAAGAGCGCUGUUGAACAUGGCCCUGUAUACGAUAAGCUUUUGAAGAACCUAAGUGAUCUUAACUUGCCAGUGACAAAUGAUGUCUACUUGCAACCAAUCAAGUUAUUCCGAGAUGAAUGUAAUAGAAACCCUGAAUUCAAGGAGGAAGUGAAUGAGUUUGCCCAAAAAUCACUCGGGGCUCAAAUGAUACCUGACUUAUCGGUCAUAAACAAUAAUAUAAUGGGAACAGCCAAACUCCUUGAUAGUAGAUUGCAAAAGGGAACAAUUUUUGCUCCAAAUGGAGAAAUUUGGAGUUGGAAACAAGAACCAACAACACCUGAACAUAGUGGUACUCUUUGUUCUACAAAAAUAAGUCCUCAGUACUCUACAACAAUGAAACCUUUGAACCAAGUAGAGCCACAGCAAACAGCUCCUUUGAGAGAAUAUGUCAGGAGCCACUCAGAAGAAGAUGCACCUCCACCACUACCUAAUUACAAUACACACCCUGGAAACAUGCCUAAUACUUUCACAGACAUGCACUCGGACGUGCCCAUACAAGUUGGGAAUUAUAUGGAGCAACUUGAUCCUAUUAUGACUCAAUUCGCUGAUAUGUCACUUAAUCCAGCCGAAGUUGAGUUUAACAGGAAACUGUAUAAUGAAGGAGUGCCUUGCCAGCGUUGUGAAAAGCCUAUGUUCGCGGGUGAGGUAGCAGUGAAAGCAGAACGGGCAGGCCAAGAAGCCAUCUGGCAUCCACAAUGCUUCACUUGCUGCAAAUGUGGUGAACUCUUAGCAGAUCUAGUGUACUUUUACUACAAAGGAGAGAUAUAUUGUGCUAGAGACUUGGCGAACGUUCUUGAAAUACCACGCUGCGCCGGUUGCGAUGAAUUGAUAUUUACUAGACCUUACACGGCUGCCGAAGGACGGGCUUUUCAUGUGCAGCACUUUUGUUGCUAUCACUGCGAUGCGCCUUUGGGGGGAAAGAAAUAUGUACCAGAUGAUAAAACAGGAUUGCCAAUUUGUUUAACCUGUUAUGAUCAAUUUUAUGCCGAAAGAUGCCGCGCCUGUGGGGGUGUAAUUGGUCCAGAACAACAAGGUGUGUCAUGGGGUAACAUGCAUUGGCAUGCUAAUUGCUUCAUAUGUUCAGGAAGAAUGUGUGGGAAAAGUUUGUUGAGCGGUCGUUUUGUGGUGAAACAGGAAAUGCCUUUCUGUAGUGUACCAUGUGUACAAAGUAAAAUUAAGUGA